UGUGUUUGUGGCACGGUGUCAGUUACAUUGAAACAAAAGUGGGGCCGUGGCUGCCAGCGCCAGCAUCCCCAGUCCGCUCGCCGCCGGCUGUCGCCGACAUGGAACCGGUGGCCAGCAACAUCCAGGUCCUGCUGCAGGCAGCGGAGUUCCUGGAGAGGCGCGAAAGAGAGGCGGAGCACGGCUAUGCGUCCUUGUGUCCUCACCACAGGCCCGGAGUCAUCUACAGGAGGAGGAAGGGACCCCUGCAAGCUCCUGGCGCGCCGAACAGUGGGCGGUCUGUGCACAACCAGCUGGAGAAGCGCAGGAGGGCCCAGCUGAAGCGGUGCCUGGAGCAGCUGAGGCAGCAGAUGCCCCUGGGGGUUGACUGUACCCGAUACACCACACUGAGCCUGCUGCGCCGGGCCAGGAUGCACAUCCAGAAGCUGGAGGAGCAGGAACAGCAGGCCCAGCAGCUCAAGGAGAAGCUCCGAAGCAAACAGCAGAGCCUGCAGCUGCAGCUGGAGCAGCUCCAGGGGCUGCCAGGAGCUGGAGAGCAGGACAGGCUGCGAGUUGACAGCCUGGACUCUUCAGGUCUGUCCUCAGAGCGCUCUGACUCAGACCAAGAGGACCUGGAGGUGGAUGUGGAAAGCCUGGUGUUUGGGACUGAGACGGAGCUCCUGCAGAGCUUCAACACUGGCCAGGAGCACAGCUACUCGCACACUGCAGACUCCUGGCUAUGAUGCCCGCUGCUCACUUUCUCUGGACUGAUCCAGCCAGGCAGUGGCCCCACCAAGGUCUGCUUAGAACCACCUGUUGGAAGAGACUAUAAAGACCCUUGUGUGAGAACAGGACUCUGAACUCGGCUGCACAGCUUGAGCCUGGGCCACCCUCCCCACCCCCCAGGGCAUUUGAUGUAGCACUUGGCUUUACUUUGCUGCCCCCACAGGGACAGGAAGCCUGUAGCCCUCUUGUUCCUGGGCAAAGCCCCGGGCCUCAGCCCCACAUAUACUACACAGUAUUUUCAUUAAAAAUCCUCUUUCGUAAGUUCCCGUCCAUCCCAUGGUUUUGCCUGACGAAAUGAUGUCCCAGCCACAAGUGGGAAAGAGGAAGUGAGAU